AUGGACAAGGAAGUGGCAAAAGAGUUUUCACCGGUCAAACUUAAGAUCAAGCGGGCGCUCAGCAAGGACGAUGAACUAUCGGACGCGGAACUGGACCAAAGCAGUUCCAACGCGAAGACGCCCAAAACAACCACCAAAAAGGGUGGUCGAGGAAAGAACCGAACCCGCACCGAGUCCGAAGUCGAAGCAAGCCUCCUCCAAGAGCGCCAAGGAGCAGGAACCGGACACACCCGUACCUGCCUAGCCGGAACCGCCAGUGAACCAGGACGAUUGGUUGUGGUCCGACCGAAAGUACUACGUAAACAAGGUCACAAGGGAGACAACAAGUACAUGGUGCUGUUCGAGGACGGUGCCUCGAAGGCCCUCUCCAAGGAUGUCAUCGUGAUCGGAUGCGACACAUACGAGGCCGGUUUCGUCGUCGAGGUCAAGCGGAACGAAACCACCAUCGAAGUUUCGUACGUGGUCCGGAUCGGCGAGGGCACUGUCGAGGUGACCGCCUCCGACCUAUAUCUAAACGAGGAGCAGGUCAAGUUCAUCAACCGGGCAUGCAAGGCCGCCGAAGGGGGCGCGGACGAUCCGAUGCAGUCGCCGUCGGCCAACGGCAAGUGAGACAGCGCGACAAACACGUCGAUCCUACAGACGCCGGAAGAAGCGUCCGCCGCGGGUGGUGGCGAAAACAAUUCGCGGUCGACGCGGAGCAAACGCAGCUACAAAAUCCAGCUCGUUCUCCCGGCAGUGGUUGGUGUGCUUUCCAGCCAGCCCGUGUUUUGGCAACUCGUCCGCGUUCCGGAAGGUCACCCUCCCGGCACUGAUUAGUGCGCGUCCCAGCAGCAGCCCGCGUUUCCGCAACUUGACCGUGUUCCGGAGGGCCGUAAUCACGGCAGUAGACUUGUUUAUUUUUUAAUGUAAAAUGGUAAAAAAAAACGUUUCAAAUAAAGAGUAAACUUUUCAAUAAAAUCAAUUUUCAUUUAUUUUAUUAUUCCAUCAAAAAUAGUCCUCCCCGACCCGAUAUCCGCAUUCCCGGCGAUUUUCACCCUACCCAACCCAUCUCAAUUUUGAGAUCGCCUUCUGGAUCUCAAAAUUGAGAUCGAGUUGCUCAUCUCAACGUUGAGUGGUUUCACUUUUAGCCGGUUUGCGACAUCCAUCUCAAAAUUGAGAUCGCCUGGUUAGCG